AUGCUCGAGAGCGCCCACAGAAGAAUUCAGGGCCUCUUGGAAAUGGAGGAGAAAGAGGAGGAGGCGAUUGCGAUUUCCAACAGAUUGAUCGAGAUGUAUGGGCGAUUUGGGACCGCCAGGAGCGCGCGGCGAGUAUUUGAUGGAUUGGCCGGGAAGAACUGCUCGUCCUGGAAGCUGAUGCUUUCGGCCUACUCGCGCAACGGAGAUUUGAACCAAGCCAGGCAAAUCUUUGACGCGAUGCCGGAGCACAGUAUUAUGUCCUGGAACACAAUCCUUGCCGCGUAUGCAGAUAAUGGCUUUCUCGAUCGAGCGCAAGAGAUAUUUACCUCCAUGAAGCAGCGAAACGCUGUCUCGUGGAACACAAUGUUCUUUGCAAAUGCCAGAAAUGGUCACCUUGAUAAAUCAAAGCGAAUCUUCUUAGCGAUGCCACAACACAGCGUGGUAUCUUGCACGGCAAUGCUAUCGGCAUUAGCACAAGCCAGUAAAGUUGAAGACGCUGAAAUUUUGUUUGAAAAGAUGCCCGAAAGGAACCUCGUUACGUGGAAUGCCAUGCUUUCAGCAUAUGCCCAAUCUUGUCAUUUUGAUAAAGUAGUGUCAUUCUUUGUAGAGAUGCCCCUUUUAAAUCUCAUUUCUUGGAAUACAUAUCUCUUUGGACACAUACAAGCUGGUAACCUUGAAAAUGUAAAAUCCAUUCUGGACAAGAUACCCGAAAAGGAUGUAAUCUCUGAAACCACACUACUCACAGCAUAUGCCCAAUCUGGGCAUAUAGAGUACGCGAAAGAAAUAUUCUCGGGCAUGGAGCACAGGAAUCUCGUCACCUGGAACGCAAUGCUCACGGCAUACACCGUGGCUGGCAAGCUUGAAGAAGCAAAAAGAGUUUUCGAUGGGCUGCCAGAGACAAACAUUGUGACAUGGAACGCGAUGCUUUUCGCGUAUGCCCGGCUUAGGCAUAUCGAGGAGGCCGAGAGGCUCUUCGAGAGUAUGCCGGCCAUAGAUCCCUUCUCGAUCACCACCAUCCUGGGUGUUCUUGGCGGCCGGAUCGAUGGCCUCCGCCACUCAAGGGCGCUGUUCGAUCGAUUGCCACAGCACAGCCUCGUGUGCUGCAACGCGAUGCUCGCGAUUUACUCGCAGCAUGGGAAGAUCCAAGAGGCGGAGCGUCUCUUCUUCGAUGAGAUGCGCGAGCGGGACAUCGUCUCUUGUGGAUCGAUGCUGGCGCUCUACUCAAACUCCCAGGAUCGCGGAAGAGCUACCAAUCUCCGCGCGGCCAAGGCAAUCUACGAUCGAAUGCCGCGGCACAAUCUCGUCACGGCCACUGCGAUGAUCGAUGGUUAUGCGGCGACCGGCGAUCUGGAGUCGGCAUUGUGGCUGCUUGAUUCCAUCCCGGCCAAGGAUCUGGUGCUGCUUACCGCGGUGCUAUCCGCGUGUGCCAAGAUGGGCCUUGUGGAGGAGGCCCGGAAGAUCUUUCACCAAGCCAUGCCCGAGCACGACAUGGCUUCCUGGAACACAUUUGUGUCAAUGCUCUCGCAAAGCGGCAGGAUCUACGAGGCAAAGGCGAUGUUUGACGAAUUCCCGGAGAGGAAUCGCGUGUGCUGGACCGCGAUCGCAGCAGCGUAUGCCCAGAACGGGCAUUUGGAUCAAGCAAAGACGAUCUUCGAUAGAAUGCCCGAUAGAAAUCUUGUGGCGUGGAGCUCGCUUCUUGCUGGAUUUACCGAUGGGUCGCGACUGGGAGAAGUGAUGACUCUCUUCGAUGCGAUGAAGCUGCUGGACGAGAUCGGUGAGACCAUCUUCGUGCUGGUUUUGAGCGCUCUGAGCCAGGCCGGGAAACUGGAGGCUGGGAGAUCGUGUUUCUUGUCCAUGAUCGGGGAUUUUGGAGUGGAGCCGUGCAAGCAGCACUACUCUUGUCUGGUAGAUCUUCUUUGCAGGGCCGGUCACCUCCGCAACGCUCGCGAACUUAUUUGCAGCAUGCCAUUUGUUCCUGAUUUUCUCGAGUGGACAACGCUGUUUGGAGCUCGUCGGAAUCAUGAUGAUGUGAGGGCCAGCAACAAGGAGCAGCCGGGAAAGGAUUUUGGAUUGAAUCCCAGAGCUUUGAGUUUGCUUGUACACUUGUAA